UCGUGGGACGCGGGUCUCUGAAGAUUCGUCGACGCGUUGUUUCGAACCCCCGUGUACGUGAGAGCGCAAACCUCCCGAUACCGCCGCGCCCGCAUACGUACGUGCGCGUUUGUGUGCCAGAUAGAGACACAUGCGGUUUAAACGUGAGAGAAAAAAAGCCGCUUAGAGAGGGGGCCGACGGAUAAAAGGACUCUGGAGUAGAGGAAACGAAAGGGUUGUUUCGCCAGUGGUGGGAGCAAUAAAGAAUAACGCCGGUCAAGUAUACCAGAGACGGUGAUUGGGUUGUGUUUAAACGCUAGUGUAUGCGCGUUCGUCUUGUUUACAAGCUAUUCUGCUCUCCGCAUUGUGUGUGUGUGCAUGUGCUACAAGCUGAGAAGAGCAUCGACGAUCGUCACCAAUCCAUCGCAUCGUUUUAUCCGAAACGUUACCCGAUCGUUCCAUUUACUUGACGAAUUUAUCAAUUAUUCAACGGAUCUUCGAGAAUAUCAUUUUUUUCAAAUACGUCAACGAGUUCAUCGCAAUUAAAACUACCGAAUUUUCAAAUACUUGUAACAAAACAAAAGCGCGAUGGGGGGUUGGCCGCGAUAAGCCCGGUGAACGAUGUACACGAAAGCGAAAUGCGCGAAAAUCAAAUGCUUUGUGUGACGUUCGGGAAAAACAAAUAUGGAUCGGAAGUGAUAAAUUGGAACGGCUGAUGAGAUUAUUCUAAUAGAAAAAUAAAAAAAAAAAAUAAAAAACAAACAGUUUGAAAGUUUUUGUGGAUACAGAAAAACUCAUAAAAAGACGAAAUUAUUGUCGUCAAUCAUGUGAUCCGUUAAGGUCGGUUAGCCGUCCAUUUUUUGUUUUUCUGUUUUCAUUAUUAUAAUUUGUUUUUUUCUGUUUUUUUUUUUUUUCGUUAUAGAAAAGACAUUAUUCAUUCCACGUUUGUCACAGCAUUCGUAAUAACGUUCACGUGUAACCGCGCUUUUCGAGUUGUGCACGAGUGUGUAGAUGUUUGUGCGCGGCCGCGUUUUCAACCUCGCAAUUUCUCUUUCGUUGAGAAGAAAUACGGUAGACAACACGAGUACGAUGACACCGAUCGCGCUCACGACAGGUUGCUUCAGUGUUGCAAAUAUGUACUGGUCCCGAAUUGAAACUUUUCGACCAACGUUCAAUGCCAUCAUAUGAUAAAUGUAGACGAAACGUUUAUUUUAUUUUCCAAUCCAUCCUUUGGUUAUUAAUCAAUUGAUAAUUUCAUUAUUCUUAACCUUGUUCUUCCGGAAAUAACGUGGUUAUACUCAGCGUGGUAUUCGUGGGACUGGAUGAUAAUUAUUGCGAAGGUCGUUGAAAGUUCAAGUUUUUGAACGUGUUCGCGACUGUGUCAGUCUUAGGCUCGUGCGCAGUGCCGACAGUUUGAAUGAGGAAAUAAUAAAUAAAUUUCGGAAGAGAACUCGAAAAAAACGAGCUUCUAUCAGUCCGCAUUUGAAUCUCGGAGCCAUCGAUCACGCGAGACUAUUCUUUUCGUUUUUUUUAUCUCUUUUUUAUUCGUAUUUCCGCUCAACUCUAUCUGAGUCGCGUGAUUGUGUGUAGUGAAUUCGGGUGCGUUCAAGCGAAAUUUACUGGGAGUUCGACGGAGUGGCAAGUGCCUUGUGCGCGAUUAACCGGUGUCGGCAAAAGAGACAGUCGAAAAACGAACGUUUGUACUUUUCCGGUUUAGAUCACGGUGCGAGUCAUCGUGAUCGAAGAAAUAACAAAAGGUGGAGCGGUGACCAGUCAUUAGACAAUAUGAGUGAAAUGACGAGUGUCGAGCAGCAGCAACAGCAGCAGCAGCAGCAAUACGUAAGUGGAAGCUCCAAUCACGAGCAUCACUGUAAGGAUUGCGGUUUGUUUUUUGAAAGCGAUAAGAGUCUCGAGGUCCAUCUUCGUUAUCAUCAAGAAAAUUUAUUGACCCAGUGGGCUAAUCAGGCUCAACAAGAAGAAAGCAACAACAACAAUAGCAAAGCUGGCAAUCAUAACAACAGCAGCGUGGGUGGUCAUGGAGUCGUGACGAAGAGAGAAAGCGUUAGUGCACCUGCUGAUUCGAGUGAGCCGUCGUCGAGACCACCGUCCGAAGGACCUGCGUCUUCGCAGCAACAACAAAAUUCGUUACAGAGAGGCCAACAGCAGGCUCCUUCGUCAGGAGUGCCGAACUACGGUGGUCACUUCCAAACUCCAAUGUUCAGCGACACGAGUUAUUUCGUGCAAAACGAUCCGGCUUACGUAUUACUCCAUCAUUAUUCGCCGAAUCACGAGGAUGCUUCGAACAACGGUAAUACGGCUAAUUAUACGAGAUAUCAUCCGUAUCAGCAUCAGCAACACUUUCCCGGUGAAUGUCCGAAUUCAGUGAGCUCGACGAGCCCACGAAGUCCGCCGUUACAGUGUGAUAAGUGCGGUAGUGUCUUCGAAGACGCUUUACAAUUAGGCGAGCAUGUAAGAGUGAAUCAUACCACGUCGCCGGGAACGUAUCCAGGAUCAACGCAGUAUCAGCAGCUGGGUGGUAGCCCGCAACAACAACAGCAGCAACAGCAACAACAACAGCAGCAGCAGCAGCAACAACAACAGCAACAGCAACAACAGCAGCAACAGAUGCAUACCUCUCCCACACAAAGUAAUCAACAAGGUGGACAGCAGCAGCAAACUGGUUAUGAGUAUAACGGCGGCCGGUCUACCGCCAAGGCAGAGGUAAAGCAGGAGCCGGAGGAACAAGCUGAAAUACUAGAUCUAGAUUCUCACAAGGUACAGACUCAUAGGUAUGAGGAGGAGCUUAUGAGGCUUCAUCAGCAAGAAAUGCAGAUGCAGCUUCAUCAACAGCAACACGUACUUCCACAUCAACAACAGCAGCAGCAGCAGCAGCAGCAACAACAACAGCAACAACCACAGCCACCAAGAGGGGGUCCUCAUUCGGUGAGUUCAAUGCUGGGGUGGCCAUCGUCUCAACCCCAUGAAUAUCAUCCUGGAUUGUCGCCCAUGGGACCCAUUGACAGUGUUUCGCCGGUACCCGAUCAGGGUCAAUUCAUGCGUGGUCAGCAUAUACCGGUGGAACCGCCGAGGCAUCCAGGCUCACCUAUAAUAACGAGCACUCAACCGAUGUCGACUCAUCAGAUGGCACCGGGUAUGUUACCGCAACCGCAGAAACAAUCGACCAUUGGUAAUCAAUCGUGGAAGAGUAAUGAAGCGCGUAGACCAAAGACGUACAAUUGUACAGCAUGCAACAAGUGGUUCACGAGUUCUGGACAUUUGAAAAGGCAUUAUAAUACAACGUUGCAUAAAAAUGCGGUUAAACAGAGUAACAUGCCUGAUCCGGCUAAUAUGCCUAUAAGUGCGCAUCAUCAUCCUACGAGAGAUCCUAAUUUGACGCAUAGUGGAAGAGGCGGGGGAGCAUCUAGAUCACCAGAGUUAUCAACUUCGGGGAGUCCCCCAAACUUGAUGGCAGGUCCCUCGGGCGAGGCGGCGAGGGGCCUGCUCAACACGCCAACCAACCUUUACACCACCAGCAAUUCCAGCAACGGCAGCAACAGCAACAGCAGCGACUCUUCGCCGGUGGUCAUAACGCAACAACAGCACCAACAACAGCAGCCACCGGCAUCGUCGGUUUCAACGGUCCACAUGGGCUCCACAAUGGUGGGACUCAAUUCACCCGUCCCAUCGCCAAUGGGCUCCCAUCCUCAGCACCAUCCGCACCAUCAUCAUCAACAAAUGGGUUCGCCGUCCCCCCAGUUGGUACAGCAUCCGUUGUCAAUAGGUUCACCGUCCCAACUGGUGGUCCACCACCCCAUGAGUUCUCCCAUGUCGCCCAUGCAACCGCCGCCACCACCUCAGCAUCUGACUUCACCUUCGUCAAUGGGCCCCCUCCACCACCACCACCAUCUGCACAACCAGCACCACGACAACCACCAUCAUCAGCAAUCCCCCCACCAUCAUCACACGAAUUCUUCGCUGCCCCUAAUGGCGGGUGUACCGUCAAUGAUUUCGCCACCGAUGGGGGGUACUUCGAUGCCUCAUCAGCCGUACCCAAACGCCUUGCCCCCCCACGUUACAAUUACUACCAGCAUCCCGGGCCUGCUGGAGUCUAUCACCAACCAGCUAACUACUAUUGGUAAUGAGAUUUCCCAGGAAUCGCAUCACCAACAAGAUCAGCAGUCGCAGCAACAAGAACAGCAGCAGAACCAGGACCUUAUAUUACCGGGUUUCGGGACCUUCAGCAACCAUCAGAGGCCAAUGCCGAAUUUCACACAAUUCGGUAUAUCCGGCUUCCUCGUAGGUCACAACCAACCGCAGGCAGUUAACGUGGGGGGGCUAAGCCCAGAGGGUAUAAUUCCUCAGGAAAGAUCGUCUUUCGUUGCGUCAAACGCGAAUUACGCUAAUUACAGAAAUUCACCACCAACGUACGAGUCUCUGACGAGUAUGGAAAUCGACGUAUCUCCUCAUCCAAUCAACGCCGAGAUGGAACAACAGCAUCUUCAUGUGGAUGAACACGAUCGAAGAAAUUUAAAUUCAAGAACGCAUAUUUCAAACGAACAACAACAACAACAACGCCAGAUCGAAACUAACAACAACGUACCACAGCGGCAAGGAAAAGAAGAAAUCAAUCCAAAUAUCGUUAAACGACAUCGACAAGCAACGAGUGAUAAAAAGAAAACGAACGGUGUUAUAACGAAGGAGCAUCAAGUCACGAGCACCAAUACCGGUUCUCAUUACAUAUCCCAGGAAGGCUUCCACAAGUGCAUCGAAUGCAACAAGCUAUUCAACAAAGCUUGCUACUUGACGCAACACAACAAGAGCUUCCACUCGGGUGACAAACCGUUCAAAUGCAAUCAAUGUGGUAAACGUUUCCCUCUGGAGUAUCUACACGCGGAACAUCUACAAAAGCACGCUGGUGAGAAACCGUACAAGUGCGAGAUAUGCCCCAAACAGUUUAACCACAAAACAGACCUCAGAAGGCACAUGUGCCUACACACUGGCGAAAAGCCGUACGCCUGUGAUAAUUGCGGCAAAGGUUUUAUCAGGAAAGAUCACAUGAUGAAACAUCUCGACAGACACAAGAAAAAACCUAUCAAUCAUCACAAUUUGCACCUUAGAGCGUAAUCGAAGAUUGGGCGAAUGGGUGAAAAAUUAAAAUUUUAAUUUCCGCUUUACUCCCUCCAAAAAAUAACGAUAAUUCAUUCCUGGUGUGAUCCAAUCGUAUUUUAUUUGAUUUUGUUUUUGUUUUUUUUUUUUUUUUAUUUUUUAAUUUCCAUCAAUGAACUUACACAGGACGAAGAGUCGGCUAGCUAUUUUACGUUCCAGAUGAAAAAUGUGUUUAUCGACUCCGAAAAUAUAUUUUCUCAGGGAGAAAGGAGCUCUAGCUCUUUCUUUCUCUCUUUCUUCGUUCCUUUGUCUCUUUGAAUUUCGUCUCGUUUAAUAAUUUUUACAAGUUAUGCUCAGGGCAUCUUUCAUCGAGAAUUCUCCACUUGCAUUUUGACCUCUGAUGCAAAAGUAUUUUUCUCAGAGGAAAAAAAGAGAGAAAGAGAGAAGGCGAAAGAGCUGUUGGUUUUAUUGCUCAACGAUAUUUAUUUGAUCACGGCUGGGGCUUUAUCUGGUUCCAGGAAAAAAUAAUUAGGCUUGGCGGGAGACCGGAGUUACGAGAUGUGUGACCUCUCUGUCUGAUUGAACAAUCUUUCCGAGGAUCAAAUCGUUAAGUUAUAGCAGAGACUAAACGUUCCUAUUUUUUUAAUCCAAACGACUCUAAUCGAAUAAAAUGCAAAUAAAAUAUCUUGAUAGUGAUACUAAAAAUCAUUCAAUUCUUCACAGUUUCCGUUAGCGAUUCUCACCGAUACGAAACUGGCCAUAAAAAAACGCGAUUUUCGAAGUUGAUCGGACAAAAUACGAGUGUGAAGCUCCACUUUGCAAAUCGCGUAUUCUUUGUUGAUCUUUUUCCUCCCUCUCUUCCUCUUCGCCAUUUUGUUGCUCCCGCCAUGAGCCAUUUAGUCGCGAAAAUUAAGGAUCGAGUCGUUAACGAGACGACGAAUUAUUGUAAUGAAAAUUGAAGCGAUGUUGAACCUUCGAAGCUUAUCAAUUGUACAAAAUACGUUAAAUGUAUAGCCAUAUUAUUAUUAUUAUUAUUAUUAUUAUUAUUAUUAUUAACAUUAUUUUAUUAUUAUCAUUACUAUUGUAUUAUUAUUGUAAUUAUUGAUUUAUGUGAUUGAUUUGAAAAUGAUUGCGAAACCUAACCACGAUACUCGUAUUUCAUAACGUAUGUCAUACUAACGUGUACAUUUGGAAGAAAAAAACAAGAAAAGAGAUCAAGAGAUGUGACGUUUCCUUGUGAGGAAAGAAAUGAUAUUGCAAAAAGGAAAUACGUGUGUAGAAAAUAAACAGCGUUAAUAAACACACACGCACACACAUACAGAUAUAUAUAUAUAUAAAUAUACAAUUGAGCGUUCAAGCGAUGAUAAUCGUAUCGAUUGAUUGUUUUCAAAUGAUCAUAAAACUGUAUCCAUUCCACGGUUAUUUUUAGCUCCCUUCCAUGUAACUUGAAAAUUGUUAAAUUCUUAAACAUGGUCAUUGAUAAAUUGGUAAGAAUUUCAAGAAACAAUCCAACCAAUUUAGUGAAAUCGAAAAAAAUCUGUCCAUCAUGCAUUAUCAUUCGUUGGAAUUUCGUACGUUGUUACAAUAGCGAUCCAGAACUCUCGAUCUCUUUUUAAAUCAAUUGUUCCUUCAUUUUUCGUCCAUUCCCGAGGUAACGAGACGUAGCCUGAGGUCUACGACGAGUGAAUUUCUCGAAGAAUGGAUCAUGUAUGACUACAUUAUAAAGUUUGAGUGAUAUUUGUACAGAAAUACGCCUUACACACAUACAGACACCGACACACAUAAACCGGAGCUCGAAAUGGAACAUGUUCAAUAAUCUCCGAGUGUUAUACGCACUUGUGGAUAAAUGUUGAUUUUGCCAUAGGGAAAUGCGAGCGAAAAUGUGCUUAUUUUUUUGUUGAUCGUUGAGUUAACGGACUGAUAAACUUGCGCAUUCAUUGUUUCUAUUCGAAGAUAAAUAGACGAAAACUGUGUUGUGUUUUAUCAGCAGAGCCUGAUAGCUCUGUUUUGUAUCGUUGUUGUUUGAAAAGAAAAGAAAGAAAAAAAACGAAAAUUAAUAAUAAUUGGUUGUACACCUUAAGGAAUCGUUUCCAUGGGUCACUGUUUCUUUUUAUUCCUUCAAUUCUUUAAAUAAACAUUUUUGUACCUUCGCAUUUGUUUUUUUCCAUUCAGCACGGCACACACGAAUACUAAUGUAUGCAUGUAUGUGUAAAUUCAUAAAAAUAUAUAUAUAGAUACAUAUCGUGUAUUUAUUUACAUACAUACACAUGAAAAAAUAUAUAAAUGUACAUGUAUACAUAUAUUACACCGCAACAUGGUCUCUGACAAUUUUUUGUACAUACAUUUUAGUUGUUAAUAAACCGAUAACUCAUUAUAGCCUCUUGCCAUUUAAAACUACGUAAAUAUCCCAGAACAGACUACCUCAGAGUUCAGGAAUUAUCGAUGAAAGCGAAAUGAAGUUGAUGAGAAGUGAAUGAUGAAGCCAAUGCAAUAAUAAUAUUGUUAAAGUACUGAGUUUAUUGUGCGGAUGACAAGCUCUAUUUCACUUUUUUUUUUGUUUUCAAAUUCUUUUUAUCUUCAAUCGUUUCAUUUAAACAAACUAUCCCCUUGCUUCCUCGAUUAGUUAUCUGUUUUUUUUUUUUUUUUUUUUUUUUUUCAACACUGACUACUAUAAAAUUGAUAAAAUAUACAGAUUCAGAAUUGUAUAAAUGAAAAAAAAGAAAAGAAAAAAUACGAAAACAUUCAUACAUAUAUCUAUAUAUACAUAUCGAAUCACAUCCCAGGGUAACGAAUGCUUCAUCGUUUUAGACUUACCGAAUUUGUAAUAACACGAUCGUCCGCCGAUAAACUCACACCGUGCGCGUAAUAGAGCGUUAAUGCGAAAUAAUGAGAGAUGAAAAAUCUAAUAUAAAUAGAUGAACGUACAUUAGAGACAUAUCAAACAGUAUUACUGUGCACUCAGUCUAUAGUGAAAGAGAAUGGUGAAAAUAACAAGAAAAAAACGAACGAUCGAUACAUAUUUUUACUUCCAUAUCAUAAUCAAACCGUAUGAGCAUUUUUUUUCUCAUUGAAAACGACGUCGUGUCAAAGGGCAUUUAACUGUGCGAUGCAAUCGUAAUUAGGAGAUAAAAGAAAAAUAAAGUCAGGAUUCAUGACUCGGGCAUUCCUUCGCUACGAAUGGAGAAGAAGAAAAAAUAAAACAAUUUAUAAUAAGACAAAUAUAUAGAGUAUGAAAGAGCACAGGCCCCGAAAGCGUUUUGGCCUGGCACAACAAAGACGCAUUUUCGUGUGCGCUCAGUGAUUUCGUUACGAUAUUUCGUACGUUAAUUAUCCAUCCACAUAUAUAUCAACGUAUAUGUAUGUGGUGUGUAUUCGAAUAUAUAUAAACCUUUGCGCAGUAACGAACUGUCAUUGGUUGUGCCAAACUGUAUGUUUCCUUUGAUUCUUUUUUUUUUUAAUCGACCUAUCUUUAUUCUUUCAUAUGGGCAUUCAUUAGAGGUAUUCUCAUUUACGGCUUUGACUAUUCUGAUCGAUGAUUUUCACUCAAAAGAUUAAUACUGCCUCGAUACCGAAUCCGUAUGAUAAAUGAAAUUUUUAUUCACUAGUGCCAUACAUGAAAUUAUGAAAAAAAAAAAAAAAAAAAAAAAAACACAUUGUACAUGCGAGAAUGCGAAAAAUUUGGUUUAUUACCACCUAGUAGAUUAUCCGCGCGCACAUUUAUUCGUUUUUUUAUUAUUUUCAACACAUUUAGCUACUAAUUUAAUACCAACACGUGGUUUCCGUUCCUGUAUUACGGCCGUUAUAUUACGACGAGAAAUGAGAAGUGAAGAUGAACUAUAACGAUGAUAAAAGUUCAAUCACACGAUCUGUAUUAUUUUAUAUGUGUUUAAUUAUGUUUUUAUAAAUAUAUUUUAUUUCAUGAACCUCACAAACGACAAGAUUCUUUUAUUUAUUGACUCACAGCUUCGCCACCUCAUCGUAUGAUUUCUACAUCUCUAUCAAUUAUUUUCAGAUUACCCAGUUAUCUCAGAGUCUUGACCGAUACUUGAUAUAUUUUCCGUGAGAUACUUACUCAUGUUUCCUGUUCGUAACAUGAAAGUAUUUCACAAAUAAAAUAUUAGUUGUUCAUAUGCAGCGUGCUCGAGCCCAAUAUUGUUUAAUUUUAUAAAUAAACUUACAAAAACAAAUGUUUUCUCAGUCGAUAUCGUUGAAUAUUCUGCUAUUCGAAAUAUAACUUUUAUUUGGUUAUGUUUUCCAUAAAAUAUUACCACUAGAUUGUUCGAUGAUGGGCAUUAAAUAUAUCGAUCGAAAGGGGAGGAAAGUCCUGGGCAAAUAUUUCAUUGCAGUGUACUACGAUUAAAGGAAAAAUUGUAUGCUGUAAAGUUGUGAUGCUCUCUCACUCCGUGGAGAUAAUUUUGGGCAUUCUCUAAUUUAGUGAAUUGUUAACUGCUCGAUGAGGGGAGAAUUAAAUCGAGCUUCGAAUCGACGAUAUUAACACAUAAAUUGCAAAGAAAAAUGAGAGAUGAUUUAUAAUUAAGAGUUCUCCCGAUCAUUGUGCUUUUUUCAUUGUGUCAAUUCGGCGAUGGAAACUUCCAACGCUCAUGAUUAUUAGUACCAUCGUCAUUCUCAUCAUCAUCGUCAUUAUUAUUAUUAUUAUUAUUAUUAUCACCUCAUCAUCAUCAUUACUAUUAGGUUUAGGCAACAUCUACCUGAUGACGAAGCAAUAUUGAGCGAUUGAUCUUUGCGAACUGAUGUGGAAUAUUGACAAAAUCCAUGUUUGUGAAGACAAAGACGAGGAAAUAAAUUCAUUAUGUUAGGUGUAAUUUCCUAGACUAUACUAAACGUCAUCUAGUUGAAUUUUCAUGUUUUUCUUACGAUAAUUUGUAAACAAAUUUUUGGUUUUUUCUUUCUAAUAUUACGGGGAAGAAAAUAUUUAUAUAUAAAGAGAUAAAAAGUAGGAUAAUGAGGAAGUGCGAGAAGAAAAAGAAUCAACGAGUAAGCGUGGUGGAUAACUGCAGUACGUUUUUGUGUAUUUCAAUUACGAUAAACGUCUAUUAAUCUCUGAAAUUUUUCAAAAUUCUCAUUAGCUAUGCUCAGGACUUGUCCGAGGAUAAAAGUCUCGCUAAAACCGAAUUUUUUCACUGUGAAUUCUCGAGAGUCUACGAUGAGGCGUAGAGUGUUGAUAAUCGUUCGAGAGAAGCAUGCGCAUGUGUUUCGAAUUUUCCAAUAUUUUCAAUCGACGGUUCGACAAAUUCUCUUGUGAAUCCACUUGAAUUAGGUAGGGAUAAAUUCGAUUUAAACUGACCGAGGUCAAAGUUUACCAUUAUAUUUCACGAUGAAAAAAAAGUAUUGAAUGACUCAAACAGCGCGUGAAUAAGUUAUGACUUAGACUAGGAAAAUUAGAAGUCAGAGACAGCGUAAAGAAAGAAACGAAUAUAUUUGUUAGACAUUCGGAAAAUUCACGUUUGGUGUAUAAAUGCCGAAAUAACAGUUGCGCAAAUAGAACACCGAAUCUAAUCAAAUUCCGGCGUAGAGGUUGUCGAAGCACACUGGACUGUACGCGGUAUAUGGUUAUUAUUACAAUUCAACGACAAAAAAACAAGCGAGUGAAAAACUUGACGACGCGAAAAAAAUAAAUUUUUUUAAAAAACAUCAUUUUCGUUCCAUCCUUAGAUUUUAUACAUAGAUAUACAUUAAUGUACACGUGAAAUAUGACCACGACGAUGAGACAAAAGAGCGAAGGAGAUACCGAAAAAGCUCACUGCCACCACGAGACGAGAAAACGAUUCAAACGGAAUAUUAAAUAAUAUUUAUAAUAAAAUAAUAAUAAUAAUAACAAUAACAAUAACAAUAAUAAUAACGAUAGUGAAUAAGGAAUAAUUUUAAAAAAGGAAGAAUAAAAGAUCAAUAAUAUGAAAUAAUACAUUUGUGAACUAUGUAUUUUGACGAUGCCAUACACAAGUACCUCAUGAUGCAAAACACAUGUACAAAUGUUCAUACGAUUUCAGAAUGAUAGCUAAUUAAUAAAUAAUAAAUAUCCGAAAAAAUAA